GCGCCGGAAGCGCUGGCGCCGGGCCUCUUCCGUCCGGACGCGGGGCGGCGAGCGGCUGGCGUGCUCCGAGCGCUCGGAGCGAAGCGCUGCCUGGCGGCCCUCGGCGGCCCCGGCCCCGGCCCGCGCGCGCCCCCGCCGAGCGAGCGAGCGGACGAGCGAAGAUGGUGGGCCGCAACAGUGCCAUCGCCGCGGGCGUGUGCGGCGCCCUCUUCAUCGGCUACUGCAUCUACUUCGACCGCAAAAGGCGGAGCGACCCCAACUUCAAGAACAGGCUGCGAGAACGAAGAAAGAAACAGAAGCUUGCUAAGGAGAGAGCUGGGCUUUCAAAGUUACCUGACUUAAAGGAUGCUGAAGCUGUUCAGAAGUUCUUCCUUGAGGAGAUACAGCUUGGUGAAGAGUUAUUAGCACAAGGUGACUACGAGAACGGUGUAGACCACCUGACAAAUGCGAUUGCUGUGUGUGGGCAGCCUCAGCAGCUGCUGCAAGUGUUACAGCAGACUCUCCCACCACCAGUGUUCCAGAUGCUUCUGACCAAGCUUCCAACCAUUAGUCAGAGAAUUGUAAGUGCUCAGAGCUUGGCUGAAGAUGAUGUGGAAUGAGCCAGAUAUCAACACUAUAAAAUUUGUUAAAAAUGAUUUAACCAUUAGCUUGGAAGCUGCUCAGCUCUGGGGGAAUAAGGGCAAAUGUGCUUGUCAUGAACUGUCCUACACUGAAGUCUACCAAAGUGAAUGUGUGCUUUGAGUAGAUCCAUUGUCUGUUCUAUUUAUUUUUUCCAGUGAAAAGUAUUUUGAUAGGACUUUUCAUUUUAUAAAUACACUGAGUUAACCAAAAUAUCAUGGAUUUCGUUUAUUCUUAUGACAUGGAAUUCAAAUGUAAAUACAGUAAGUAGUGUAUUACUGAGAUAAAAACGCCCAGUGAUGAAUUUUGAAAGAUUGGAAGAGAGUAAGAAGGAUAGUUGAAUAAUGCCCAUUUUUAAAGACUAGUACAUUUUACUACUGUAAGUCAUAAAAUUGGAUAGAAACAUGUGUUUGUGAAAACUGAGCAUUAAAAUCUUACAGAGAC